AUGGUGAGUAAUAAGGUGAAGAGGGAUGCGGUGGUAGCAUGCAUGACUUGUCCUCUCUGCGACAAUCUCCUCCGUGACGCCACCACUAUCUCCGAGUGCCUUCACACCUUUUGUAGAAAAUGCAUCUAUGAGAAAAUCACAGAGGAUGAGAUAGAAUGCUGUCCAGUAUGUGAUAUUGACCUCGGGGGUGCCCCGCUGGAGAAACUAAGGCCCGACCACAUUUUGCAAGACUUGAGGGCUAAAAUAUUUACUCCAAAACGAAAGAGAGAGAGGGCGCCUGAAGUUGUGUCCUCGAUCACAUUACCUGCAAGGAGGAAAGAGAGGUCUAUCUCGUCUUUGGUGGUAAGCACACCCAGGGUUUCAGCGCAAUCUGGUACAACAGGGAAGAGAACAAAAUCUCUCAUGAGGAAAGAUGUGCGUGGUAGUGGUUCAUUCACUAAGAGAAGUGUGAAGAAGGAGGAAGAAUUUGGAGAUGAUCAUACAGAGAGUGAAAGCUCGCCAGAAACACUUAAAGAUUUUACUCAGAAUAAGAGGCAGUCUUCACAUGCAGAGCCUAGCCAGUCCCUCUCUAAUCGAAGAAACAAGGAUGUUGCUGAACCUUGGGAUUCCAAAUUAAAUCUCUGGAAACCUUUAAAUUUUCUUGUGGAUGUGGCAAACGGAACAAAGCCCUCAAAUUCUGAGCAUGGAAAUGCAUCUCACACUGAUGUUCAGGGUAAUAAAACCAAAACAAAGGAGUAUAAGCGAAAAUGUAAACUCGAGGAAGAGAUCAGCAAUAAUGGUGAUCCUACAACAUCAGAAACUGCUACGCUUAAAAGAACGCGUAGGACUCGCCGUAAAAGGUCAUCCGCUUUUGGUGAUUCAAGAAUUCCACCACUACCAGAUACAGAAAGCCUGAAACAGGAGAGGAGAAAGGGUCCGAUUUGGUUCUCACUUGGAAGGAGAAACAUCACUGCCUCAGAUUCCGGCAAACUACUUGAGAAUAAGGUAGAGAUAAGAUGUAUGGGAGAAGCAGUGAUCCCAACGUUGGAGCUUCACAGCUUAGUGGAGCUAUGGUUGGAAACAACUUCUAGGCAUGAAAGAGUGGCUGCAACUAUAGGUUCCUCUGCAAAGGAAUUUGUAAUGGUGCUAGCUUAUGCUCGGAAGGUACCUGAGGGCAACAACUAA